UGUCACUAUAAAUGUCAAAGAUGGCCGAAAUUAUCAAUUGUCAGGGCACUGCUGACUAAUCUGUUUAUUUUGUAAUUUUCGCAAUCUACAAUACACCAUACACUGUUAUUCUGAAGCACUUGCAAUGGCCUACGAUGGGGGCAAUAUUUAUGCUGGGGGAAGUUUCUCAUCCAACUGCUUGGAUGACAUUCCUUUCAAGCUGGGAUCAAAGUUCAAGCCACCUAAUAAGGUGGUGGUGCCUCCUGACCUGAACUUGUUUACUCCAUCAAUUCCCAAGGGAUUGAAUGAAGAGUACUCAUUUGAAGUAGAAGAAGCUGUUCUGAAAUGGUCUGCAGAGAAAGAAAAACAAGAUCAAAUCAAGCGUGAUAGAACAAUAAAAAGACAGAAACUGAAAAGAGAUGGUACUCGGUCUUCUCAACAGUCGGACGACACAGAACAAAUAUACGCCAACAGCAGCCAGGAAUGUGAACAAGUGCUGUACGAAAAUAUGGGCAUUCCUCAACAACCUAUUCCAAAACCAAGACCAAGUCAACAAACACAGAAUUAUGCCAGUGUUGUGGUUCCAAAUCCUCUCAUUGCGAAUAUAUCAAGUAGCAUUUUAACACCAACAUGUAUGUCUAAUUCAGGCAGUCGUGCAAGCACAACUGAGAUCAAAGGUUACAGUAAUCAAGACAGCACAAAAGCUGACCAAUCAGAUUUUGACAUAACCUGGUUUGAAAAGGAAGAUAAUCCAUUUGAUCAACUAGAGAGAGAAACAAUAAAUGACAUGGAAGAAUUAGCAAAUGUUCUAAGUGAAUCAAGCAAGGUUUCACCUACAGAAACAAACAACAGAAAAGACAUUAAGGACACAGAUAAUGUAGUUAUAGACAUCGGUGAUAAUGAAGCUCAAAAUGAUGAGACUGAGACAAGUGACACUGAACCUCCUUUGUAUGAAAAUGUUGAACUCCGCAUGAUGGAUUUAAAGAUAACUAAUGGAACCAAAGUUGAGGAUAAAGAUCAAAGUGAAGUAAAGAAUGUUUUUGAUGUGAAUAGACUGCCUCCAGUUCCUCCAAGAAGGGAUCUUGUGGGGCGGGGGGUGUUACCUCCCAUUGGGAGUAACGGUUAUGAGGAGUUUAAGGCUUGUACAGACUUGUACAGCAGUAAGGUUGAUGCCUGCCUGGAAGGUGAACCUUCAGAUUCCAUUGAAGGUAGAGCUCUACCUAACGGUAGUGGGGCAGCUUCAGCUUUACCUCUGUAUGAAAACACUAAAUCCAUAUCUCCAAAGCCACCAGUCCCAAAGCCUCCAAGAACAUUCAAGUACAGUCGCCAUAGUCCAAUCUCUAUGAGUAACGAUGAUUUUUCAGAAAAUACCUAUGAUAAUGUCAAGGAGCCAUCAGUGUCAAUUAGUCAACCAUUACAACCAAACAAUCCAUUCAGUGUGCAAUUUACAAACACUUCAAGUCCAACUGAUGCAGUAAACACAUCUAGUAGUGAGGCAGAGUUGAACUUUGUGAAUCACCACUUUGGGGCUGAGGGUGCCCCAAUGGUAACGAGUCAGGGAGGGAGCAAAGCACGCCCCACCGUGCCACCGAGACCCGCACUAUCACAGUCACCCCCUCCCAGACCAUCCUCGGCACAGCAGGCUUGGAACCGAUUUAGCCCCCUCCCCCCUGCUGGCAGUGGAUCAGAGGGUGGAGUGCCCCUGCAUGUGGGACUACCGGGCCUGGAGAAGACCCAGACCCAGGACAAGUAUUCCAGGCUGGACACCGAGGCCAGGGCCUCUGUGGACAAUCUAACUACUAUGGGCUUUUCAAAGGACAGGGUCAUUAGGGCCGUUGAUAAGCUGGGAGCUGACGAAAAAGAGGUGGUAGAAUAUCUGUGUUUUGUGGACCAGUUGGUGGAGAAGGGCUUUAACAUUUCCCUCGCUGAGACUGCCCUCCUCAUCUUUAACAACAGCAUCAACAAGGCAUGUACAUACCUGGAACUGUUCACACAGCUGCGAGAGCUUGGUUUUAAUGGGGAGAAGAUCAAAGAGGCCCUCAUCAAAACAGACAACGACCGCGAGAAAACUCUUGACAUCCUCACUGCUUCAUCAUGAUCUAUCGCCUCACUUUGGAAUUAAUUAUAUAAUAAGGGCCAAUGUUCUCAUUAUAGGACAAAUUUGUCAAUGAUCAAAAUAUAAAUUGGAUAUAAUGGUUUUGGUAAUUAAAACAUUAUGCCAUUUUUUUCGCAUUUAAUGUUAUUUGAGAGAGGCUUGAGACUGGUUUUCAUGUAUAAAGCACAACAGAUGUGACAAAGUUAGGUUAUUUGCUCCAUGCUGGCUGACAAGAAAGGCCAAUCUCCUUCCUCAGAGUGGUUUCAUUAAAUUUCAUCUAUUAGCAUUUUUUUUUAAAAAGCAUGUUUAACACACAUUAUGAAAUACAUUGUUUUAUGAGUUUUAUCAAGUUUCAUUGUUCUCAACUUAAUUUAUGAAAAUGUAUUUAAAAAAAAAAUGAAAAUGACUUAUGUCAAAAAAAUUGAACAACAUGAUAUGUUUUAUAUAAUCAUCUUAUUAUUUGUGUGAUCUGCAUGAUCUGCUCAACAUUUUUGUUGAGGUUGGCCCUGUGGUCUAGAAUCACCAUUUGAAUUCAGUGAAUGAGUAUAGAAGCUGCUGUAUGUUAAUUUGUGUGAAAGAUAAUAAUAAUGUUAAUUAUUUAUGAAAUUUAUUUAUUUCUUGACUGAUUAAAAUCGUUGCCCUUUUCUAUCAAUGAAAAAGUUAACUCUUCAUUAUUGUGUAACACAGACAUUUUUGUGUAAGACAAGUGUGGAUAAUUUCUAUAAGUCUUGAAGGGCAGGCAUCACAAAAGCCAUGUAAAGCAAUUAAAAUGUCACUAAAAGCAGGCAAAUAUCACAAAAAGCCAAUAACAACGAUAAUAUCAAUGUUUGUUUAGGUUUUUAUUGUGUUUAGUAUAUAUGCAUUUGAAGUUACAAUGUUUAUACUUUUGACAGAACUUAAAAAUUUCAUGAAAAGCAAGGAAAUGUUGCGAAAAGCCAAGAAAAGCAAACAAAAUUUCAUGAAAGCUACUUAAAAAUGAUAUCAUUGUUUGUGUAAGUGUUUAUUGUGUGUAGUUAUGGUAUACAUGUAUAUAUCUUUUAGUUUGUACACUACUUGGUAACCAAAAGACUUGAACCCAAAAAUGGUUAUGAAAAGCAUGGAAGGAAACUCCUUUGUUUUCGUAACAAUUAAGGCAUUUCAUGACAUUUUGUGAGAUUCCUAUGCUUUUGUUACUUUUCAUUGGUUUUACUGACAUUUUGUUGUUUUUGUUGACUGUUCCUGGCUGUUUGCACUUAAGUCUUACUGGAUGUUAAUAUCUUUUCUUGUUGUGACGGUUACCAUUAAUAUCUAAAUCUGUUCCUAUGAAAUAUUUGUUUUCUGGAAUCAUCUUUUCUCUAAUAUUGAAAUGUGGUCCAGAGCUUUCUUCGUUGUUUUCGUGAUUACAUUUUGAACGAUUGUUUACUAUUUCCAGCAUCAGUAUUUUUUUGUCAAGUCAUGAAAAUCUUUAGUAUAACCUUUCUGUUGUCUUCAUUUAGUGUUCUGUUUGAGCAUGACUGAUAAGCAAACUGGCUCUUUUCUUAUGUUAAUAGGAGAUGCUUUACCAAGCUUCAAAUUUUUGGAUGUAUCACCCACAGUGGUUUAGUAGUGGCAAAAUUUUGUUGAAGUUUCAUGUCAUAGUGAUAUAAGCUGUUAGAAAAUAUAUUCCAUGAUGCUUUACAUAACAAAACAGCUUACUAGUGAGUGAAAAUAAAACAUUUAUUGUUUUAAACCUAGUCUUUCAUUUUCGUGUGUGAUCUUUGAUUGUUUCCUUGUUGUGAUAUAUUGUUUUAUUUCCAAGAGUAUGUAAUGCCAUAUGUUUGACUGUUGUUUUUGUUUUGGUCAUGUUUUAUUACAUAUUUUAACCAAGUAGUGAAUGUGAAACUUAAUGAUUCAAGUGUCAAGUGGCCUGAUACCAAACGAUGUAAAUACAUCAAAUACAAACCUCACUACAUGAACUGAUUCUUUUUAUAUCUAUAUAGAAUCUUUGUGUGUCUGGGGCUGUAUUCAUGAAGCAUCAUAGGCUUAAGUUUCAACCUAGUAGUAGAUUGGCUCAGUCUAAGCUGAAUUUGAAGAAAACUAAUAAUGUUUGCACAACAAAAGUAUCAAAAUAUGCAGAAAUACAAUCUAAAUUAUGAACUCCAAUAAUAACAACUAACCAAUUAAAUAAUUUCAACGAAUCACUUUAUCCACAAGGUAACCUGUGGACAACAUUUCAUGGAAUUAUGCAAUUGCUUGCUGAUGGAAAGUGGAGGGUAUUUAAAUAAACGUUGUAAAACAUAAGGACAUUUUUACUGAGAUGCUUUAUCAACAGGCCCUAAAUACAUGAUCAUUUUGACUUUGCUAGAUCUAGCGAAUUUAUUGAUAAUUGAUGGAAUGUGUUGUUUAUGUGUCAUUUCUCUUUGCAAAAGGUGAAGUCUUAAUGUGCAAUUGAUAUAUUGUAUUCAAAUCAUACAUGUAAAGUGGAUUAUAAAUAAAAUGUUUUAACCAGA